CCAGCCCGUAUAUAUACACCGAUAUGGCUCUAAGACCAACAUUGUCUAGUGCCUCCACCGACAUUCUAUAACCAACCAUGAAAACCAUCAUUGCUUUGUCCCUUCUGGCUGUCGCCCUCGCCGCUCCCCAGGCACCAACGGAACCGAUCCCAAUCGUCCGCCAAGACAGUCAAAUCAACCCUGAUGGCUCCUACCAAUAUUCCUAUGAAACUGGAAAUGGUAUUUCAGCCGAUGAGAAGGGAGCUUUGAAAAACAUCGGUGCUGAAGAGCCUGCGUUGGAAGUACAAGGUCAAUUCCAAUACCCAAGCGAAGACGGUGGAAACAUUCAGUUGACUUACAUCGCCAACGAGAACGGAUUCCAACCCCAGGGUGCUCAUCUUCCAACCCCACACCCCAUCCCCCAGGACAUCCAGCGAGCGCUCGACUUUCUGGCAACCGCUUCGCCACAACCUGACAGUCAAUAAAUUUAAGAUAUUGAAUUUUUAAUAAGCGGUGUUCACUGUGUGAAUUUGAGUUAAAAUGAAUUUUUAUACUUUUUUACC